GCGCGCCUACUGACCGACGGACCCCGCCGGGAUGGGGAGUGUGGCUGCUCCGCUAGGGUCCUGCGGGUGCAAGAGCGGCUCCGCGACCACGGGUGGCCAGAGCCCCUCCGUGUUGUGCUAGAGAUGCUCUUCCUCUCGUUUCAUGCAGGCUCCUGGGAAAGCUGGUGCUGCUGCUGCCUGAUUCCAGCCGACAGACCUUGGGACCGGGAGUGGGGCCGGCGUUGGCGGCUGGAGAUGGCGGACACGAGAUCCGUGCACGAAACCAGGUUUCAGGCGGCGGUGAAGGUGAUCCAGAGUUUGCCGAAAAAUGGUUCAUUUCAGCCAACAAAUGAAAUGAUGCUCAAAUUCUAUAGCUUCUAUAAGCAGGCAACCGAAGGACCCUGUAAACUUUCAAGGCCUGGAUUCUGGGAUCCUAUUGGAAGAUACAAAUGGGAUGCUUGGAAUUCAUUGGGUGAUAUGACCAAAGAGGAAGCCAUGAUUGCAUAUGUUGAAGAAAUGAAAAAGAUUCUUGAAACUAUGCCAAUGACUGAGAAAGUUGAAGAGUUGCUACAUGUCAUAGGCCCGUUUUAUGAAAUUGUAGAAGACAAAAAGAGUGGCAGAACUUCUGAUUUAACCUCAGUCCGACUGGAGAAAAUGUCUAAAUGCUUAGAAGAUCUUGGUAAUGUUCUAACUUCUACUCCAAAUGCCAAAACUGUUAAUGGUAAAGCUGAAAGCAGUGAUAGUGGAGCUGAAUCUGAGGAAGAAGAGGACCAAGAAGAAGUGAAAGGAGCAGAACAAAGUGAUAAUGAUAAGAAAAUGAUGAGGAAAUCUGCAGACCAUAAGAAUUUGGAAAUCAUUGUUACUAAUGGCUAUGAUGAAGACAGCUCUGCUCGGGAUACACAGAAUGACAUUCAUGCCGGUUCUUCCUUGAGUAGCGGAAGUGCUGAAGAAAUAAAGGCUGUAGAUGAAAACUUGGAGCAAACUGGAAAAACUGCUGUCUGCAUUCACCAAGAAAUAAAUGAUGAUCAUGUUGAAGAUGUUUCAGGAAUUCAGCAUUUGACAAGUGAUUCAGACAGUGAAGUUUACUGUGAUUCCAUGGAACAAUUUGGACAAGAAGAGUCUUUAGACAGCUUUACAUCAAACAAUGGACCACUUCGAUAUUACUUGGGUGGUGAUCCCAAUAAGCCCUUGGAAAAUUCUGCUUUUCCUGAAGAAGGAUCUCCUGGAAAUGGCAACAUUGGGGAUAUGCAGGUGGUAGCAGUUGAAGGAAAAGGUGAAGUAAAGCGUGGAGGAGAAGAUGGCCGAAGUAACAGUGGAGCGCCACACCGUGAGAGACGGGGUGGAGAAAACGAGGAAUUCUCUAAUGUCCGAAGAGGGAGAGGGCAUAGAAUGCCACACAUGAGCGAAGGAUCCAAGGGUCGGCAAGUAGGAAGCGGAGGUGAUGGGGAACGCUGGGGCUCCGACAGAGGGUCAAGAGGCAGCCUCAAUGACCAGAUAGCUCUUGUCCUCAUGCGCUUGCAGGAGGACAUGCAGAACGUCCUUCAGAGACUUCAUAAACUGGAAACGCUAACGGCUUCACAGGCAAAAUCAUCAACAUUACAGAGCAGUAAUCAGCCUCCCUCACAGAGACCAUCUUGGUGGCCCUUUGAGAUGUCUCCUGGUGCAUUAACUUUUGCUAUCAUAUGGCCUUUUAUUGCCCAGUGGUUGGUGCAUUUAUAUUAUCAAAGAAGGAGAAGAAAACUGAACUGAAGGAAAUGGUAUUUUACCCAAGAAGACUACUGGGCCUGAAUGACCUCAGAAUGAAAUGGAAUGUGGAACUCACGAGAAAUCUCAGUUUGUGAUGAUUACACUUCAUUUUGUCAUCCAAUAGUUUGGUUUGUGUACAUAUAUACAUAUAUAUAUUUUGCACUACACAAAUGAUAACAUUUUAAGGACUAAUAUUGCUGAUACUUGAAUAAUUAAUCUCAACUAGGUUAUAAGUAGCAUACAUAGAUUUGCCCUACCCUUGAACUUGAAGGACAUUAAAUUAUUAAUUAUUGUUUGGUAACAUGUUUACCUGAUUAUCUCCCAUAGAGAACUAUAAGCUGCUUUUCCAAGGUACAGUUGUGAUAAUGAGAUGAGAUUUAUAACUGGAUAUUUUUAAUUUUCUAAAUUAACUAUGAGGAAGAAUGCAAACCAGGCGUGAAUUUCAAAUGAGAUUAAAUCAACUUUCUAUCUUAUUCACUGAAUUGCCAUGCCAAGGAAUAGAAAACUGCUGGAAGAAUCUUCUCCACAUCCAGUCUGUGGGCUGCCCCUAAUCUCUCCUAGGCAUUCAUAGUGCUGACUUAGGGUUCAGGCAUCGUUAUUACAGAGUAGAGUCCUACGUAUGAGGCUUACUUUUUACACAUGAACACAAAUUAGACAUUACCCGCUGACAGGGAUGAUGAAGAAUUGGCUUCAAGUAGGUCUGAAAGUAUACUCUGAGCCUGUAGAUCAUUGAUAAGAUUUUAUUCAAUCGUAUACAUUUAUUCCUUUGUAAUCGCUUUUCUUUAACUGAGGAUAUCUUGUUUCUGCUUCAUAGGGUGCUUUGAAAUAUAAAAUGAAAACUUAUUUAUACUGUUUUUACAAAGGUCAAAAAGGAAACACAUGAAAAUCACUUUUCUGCAACUGGCAAACUACACAGAUGGGACUCUUAACCUCCUAGUGCCUCCGUUUUUCCUUCGGGGUAUAAUAUUUGAGAUACACCUAUUUCACAAGGGUGAUGGAAAGAUUUGCAAGCUGGCAGGCUAUGUGCUUCCGUAUGAGUAAGGCACACCCAACUAAUGUAAACUUAAAUGGCCCCCUACCCCAUUUAGACUAAAAAGACUGUAAUUUAGAAGGCUUUGUUUGGAAUUACUCUUCCUGUAAACCUUCCAAAACUCCACUCAUUUAGAUGUACCUUGUACCAUAAAGAUGUCUCUCAUUCGAAGGCAUAGUAGCAAAUAAUUUUUAAGCAUUCUUGGUAUGUAUGAUGUUGGGUUAAGCAUCGUGUGUUCAGAGUGUUUUCAAUAAGAAAGUAAUCCAUCCCUAGGAUAGAGGGUGGUUCUGUGUUUGCUUGAAGAAAAAAGUAUAAGAAUACAAUUUGCUUUCCCUAGACUCUUUUUCCUUUUUUUUUUUUUCAUGUAACUUGGUGUUUUUUAUUUUUCAAUCACAUCUUGAUUAAAAUGCAUCUAUCUAAAGGGAUUACUAAUAUUUGCUUUUUAAAAACUGUUCUCUAGUUAUUUAGGGAAAAAAUGAUGCAAGUAACUGAAUUAUAUGUAAAAAUAAGAUUUAGACCUGUGGAUCAGGGAUUAUUUUCAAAAAUUAGAUUAUCAAUUUGGUAUCAGAAAAUGGUGGCUUUUCUCAUUAGUAAAUAAAUUAACUAAAUGUAAAUUAAGAAUGUAAGCAGUUGUGAUUCAUUACAGGCAGUGGGAGGUGACUAACUCCUAGGGAUAACCAUUUGUAUCCUAUUCCAAAGUCUUAUUUUAUAGUUUGAACAGCACUUUGCACACAGUUCUUGUAUAUAGAAGUAAAGAUGUAAUUAUAGGAUAUAGCGUUACUGCUUUGUUUAACAAGAACCUCAUUUAAAAUUUUAAAUUGACAGCUGGUAUUUUUUUAAUGAUCUACUUCUUUUCUGUUUCUUUAUUGUAAAACUAUGUUAAAAAUAAAAGGUU